AAAUACAACAGCAAUUAAAAAAAUUAACUCUGAGUAAUAACAAAAACAACAACAACUACAGUAGUUAAUUAUCGUAACAACAUCAGCAACAAUUAAGUAUCAUCAUCGCUUGCAAUUGUAGUUUGCUUUAAAGAUUUAAGUACAACACUACAUACAUAUAUAUAUACAUAAGUCUACGUCUAAGCGCAAAACACGAACUGUACCUUAAGUAAAUAAGAAAGUAUCCUGUGAGUCGAGUGAUUUGUGUAAUUUUUACAUUGGAAACUGGAACAUUAUUGUUUUCGAAACAGAAAAAGUAAAUCAGUAUAAAAGAGAAAAGUUGAAAUGGCAAAGCAACGCCUACGAAUCGGAUUAUUAAUAUGUUGUCUCUUUGUGGCCACCACUAGCGCUUUGCGCACCCCCGAUGAUUUGCAAGCCAACGCUGAGUCUGCCCUCCGCCUGGAACGCGCCCGUUCGUUGCGUGUGUGCAACCAAACAGACACUGAAAUCUGCCCACCGAGCAAAUAUCGCCAACCAACCGGCGAGUGCAAUAAUGUUUCGCAUCGCAAGUGGGGCGCACGUGGCGAUGUCUUGCUGCGUCUCCUCACACCAGACUAUGCCGAUGGCAUUAGUCAGCCGCGCACUUCGCAUGGCACACAUGCGCUACCCGAUACCGAUGCAGUUAUUGAGCAGCUACAAAAUCAUGUCGACGCCGAACUGCGACAUCCACACAUUACCGCUAUGCUACCCGCCUGGGGACAAUUGCUGGCCAAUGACUUGUAUGAAGUGAGUCAGUUGUCCACGAGUCCAAAGUGUUGUAAUGAAAAUGCCAAUGUGAAAGAUCCAGAGGAGCUGCAGCAUUGUUAUGUGCAUCGCGGCGCCGAUUGCAAGGAGUACAAACGCUCUGCGCCCGGCUACGAUGCAGAGGUGUGCAACAGACGUCAACGGGAACAAAUGAAUGUUGCUUCGUCAUACAUCGACGGCUCUGGCUUGUAUGGCGCCACUGUCAGGGAUAUGCAGGACUUGCGUACAUACAUUAGUGGUGGUGUUAAGGUUGAAUCAUGCAAAUACUGUCAGUUGAGCAGCGCUUCUGGUGCUCUGCAUCGUGCCUUGCUGCAGGAACACAACAAUAUUGGCGAGCAACUGGCUCAUUUGAAUCCUGAAUGGUCUGAGGAGGAUGUGUUUUUUGAGGCUCGUCGCAUUGUUACAGCACAAAUACAACAUAUCACCUACAGCGAAUUCCUACCCAUGGUGUUGGGUCAAGAGACAACAGCCAAAGAUGGUUUAAAACUCACUGCCGAGAAGCACUCAUCGAACUAUUCAAGCACCAACCGCGCUGGUGUCUACAAUGAAGUCGCUAAUGGCGCGUUCCCCUCAUUCCUCACCAUGUAUCCACCCGAGAUGAUCUCGCGCUCUAUGUCUGCAUCGCAAUUGCUAUCGCUUGCCGCUUUGCAGAAGUCGCUCAUUCCGGCUGUAAAAAGUGUUGACGGUUGGACCGAAUUGGCUUUGGCUAUACACCGCGGUCGCGAUCAUGGCAUACCCUCCUACCACCACGCUCUGGAUAUGUGCCAGAAUCAGUACUCCGGCUCAGACUCUGCCAAUUUCACCUUUGAAACUUUGUCUAAGGUCUCAAACAUACCUGAGGAACACAUUACCAGCUUGAGAGAUAUAUACCAGAGCGCAGAUGAUAUUGAUUUGUUGGUAGGCGCUUUACUUGAAGAUCCUGCAGUUGGCGCCUUAUUCGGCCCCACAAUCACCUGCUUGUUAACACGUCAGUUCGAGUUACUCAAGAAGUCUGAUCGCUUCUGGUAUGAAAAUGAUAUUCCACCAUCCUCAUUUACUUUGGAACAACUGCAGAGCAUCCGUCGCACUACACUAGCUGGUCUCCUUUGUACGUCCAACCAGGUGGAGAAGGUUCAGUCGAAAGCUUUCAUACGCGAGGAUAACUUCCUGAACUCCGUACUGGUGUGUGAUCAAAUCCCUACUUUGGACCUACGUCCUUGGCAAUCCAACCCUAAGGAAGACGAGUUGCAUGAACAUGUAGAGAUGGAACCCGAAGUAAAGGAGGCUAUCAGUGAAAUUAACAUUGAGCUAUUGGAAGCUGCUGUGGAACGCGCCAAGGUUGAGCUCGAAGAACGCAAACGUUUCGAAUAUGAGUCCUGGUUGUCACAGGGUGGCAUCAGCGCCAAAUCAGGCGACGGUGUUGCCGCCUCUUUCAGCAAAGCCAACCGCAAUGCGCUUGCACUCGCCAACUCAUCACUCAUCUUCGAAUUGACCUCCAACGAAAUCUUGAACACCUUGAACUCUAUUAAUCGUCGCAAACGUCAAACUUUUGACUCCAACUUUAAUCGCAAUGAACUUUCGGAGACUCUGCAGACUAUUGAUAUCAAUGCCAUACUUGGCGGCUCAACUCAGCAAGUAAAUACCGAAUGUGAUGAUCCACCAAUUGCUUGUGAUACUUCGACACCCUUCCGUUCUUUGACCGGUUAUUGUAACAACUUACGCAACCCGAACUGGGGCAAGUCGUUGACCACGUUCUCACGACUCCUUCCUUCACAAUACGAUGAUGGUAUCUCGAAGGUCCGUCUCGUUUCAGUCAACGGCAGUCCUCUACCCAAUCCACGUACUAUUUCCACCGUAAUUCAUCCGGAUAUUUCGAACUUGCACACACGCUACUCACUCAUGGUAAUGCAAUUCGCACAAUUCCUGGAUCACGAUCUUACAUUGACACCAAUACACAAAGGUUUCCACGAGUCCAUACCCAGCUGUCGUCGCUGCAACUCACCGCAAACUGUACAUCCCGAAUGUAACCCCUUCCCUGUGCCACCCGGUGACUAUUUCUUCCCCGAAGUGAAUGUGACAAGCGGCGAACGUUUCUGUUUCCCCUCCAUGAGAUCGCUGCCCGGUCAAUUGGCAUUGGGUCCACGUGAACAGAUAAAUCAAAAUACUCACUUUUUAGACGCCUCUAUGGUUUAUGGUGAGAAUCAUUGUGUGGUAAAUAAAUUGCGCGGUUUUGGCGGUCGCUUGAACUCCACCAUACGCUCGUUCGGCAAAGAGCUACUGCCACAGUCCAACUCUCAUCCCGAAUGUAAGUCUCGAAACAAUCUCUGCUUCAUUGCUGGUGAUGAACGAGCCUCCGAGCAGCCAGGUCUCACUGCCAUCCACACCAUUUUCAUGCGUGAGCACAAUCGUAUUGUCGAAGGUCUCCGUGGUGUGAAUCCACACUGGAAUAGCGAUCAAUUGUUUCUUCAUUCGCGCCGCAUACUCACCGCCGAAUGGCAGCAUAUGGUAUUCAAUGAAUUCCUGCCACGUGUGCUGAGUUGGAACGCUGUUAACUUGUAUGGUUUGAAGCUGUUGCCUCAAGGUUACUACAAGGACUACAAUCCCUCAUGCAGUCCGAUAAUUUUCAAUGAAUUCGCUGCCGCUGCUUUCCGUAUUGGACACUCCCUGCUGCGUCCACACAUUCCACGCUUGAGUGUGAACCAUCAACCCGUCGAUCCACCUCUACUAUUGCGUGAUGGUUUCUUCCGAAUGGAUGCUAUUCUUCAACCUGGUAUCGUUGAUGAGAUCACGCGUGGUCUGGUGGCAACUCCUAUGGAGACUCUGGAUCAGUUCAUCACUGGAGAGGUGACCAACCAUUUGUUUGAGGAUCGUAAAAUUCCCUUCUCCGGCAUCGAUCUCAUUGCGCUGAACAUCCAAAGAGCUCGCGAUCACGGUAUACCCAGUUACAAUAACUAUCGCGCUCUCUGCAAUCUGAAACGUGCCACUACCUGGAGUGAUCUGAGUCGAGAAAUGCCAAAUGAGGUCAUCAAUCGUUUUAAGAAAAUUUAUGCCUCUGUCGAUGAUAUCGAUCUCUUCCCCGGCGCGAUGACUGAACGACCACUGCAAGGCGGUUUGGUUGGUCCCACUUUGGCUUGUAUUAUUGGUAUCCAAUUCCGUCAGUUGCGUAAAUGCGAUCGUUUUUGGUAUGAGAACGCUAAUCCCGAAGUACGCUUCACCGAAGCUCAGCUCGCUGAAAUACGCAAGGUCACUUUGGCCAAAGUUAUUUGUGAGAAUUUGGAAAUUCCCGGUGACAUUCAACGUGCUGCCCUCGACUUACCCAGCAACUUCCUCAACCCACGUGUACCCUGCUCCUCAAUGCCCCAGGUCGAUUUGAGUCAGUGGCGUGAAAACGUACAAGGUUGCCAGAUUGGAAAUAGACAUGUGCGUGUUGGCGAAUCUGCUUUCCCCUCACCAUGCACCAGCUGUGUGUGCUCAGCCGAAGGCCCACAAUGCGCCUCACUGCGCAUCACCGAUUGCGGUCAACUCAUACGCCAGUGGCCCAAAGAAGCCAUUCUCCGUGACGAAGUGUGCAAUUCACAGUGUGGCAUCUACUUGAAUGGCAAUGGUAACUUUGCGCAAGCGCGUCAAGCCUCCGUACAAGCGCCCGCACGUGUACAACGUUCGCGUCCAGAGAAUAUUUUCAAAUUCCCCGACUUAACGCCGUUCAUUGCGUCGUUGUAAGCCGAGGGAAAACUGCAUUAAAAAAAUGGAAAGAAAAAUCGCUUGGAAUUUUAUUGAGAACGAGUGUGAGAAAAAAACUAAAAAACUAAAAUUAUUUUGAUCGAAGCUAUUUAGUGUUUAAUAAGUUAACAAAAAAAAAUAACACAACAGCUGCUUGAGAAAAGUGAGAAUGAAGAAAAAAUUAAGAAAUUCUAUAACUGCUAUGGCUGGUGUUACAUGAUUGUUGCCCGCUGCCAAUAACUAGAUAUUACAUUAAAACUAAUUAUUUGUCAAUAAUCUCAAAGGCAACUUUACUAUCGCUCAACACACAUACAUACAUAUUUACUUAAAUGAAUUUAACAUAUUCACGCUCUUUAUGCAAUCCAACAGUGCGAGGGUUGUAGUAAAUGGCUUUGAAAUGACUUUAUAUAUAUGUAUGUGAAAUUCAUAAUAAAAAAUAAAAAGAAAUCAAAAAUGGCAGUAAGAAACCUCAAAGACUUAAGUACUUCUAGCAUAUAAUGAAAUAAUGCAUAAGUAUGUUAAUAAACGACAAUAUUAUGUUUAUCCUAACACCACACAACUAUCACCUUCUAUAUAAAUAAAAAAUGUCCAUGUCUUCCAUGUACCCAAUUUCCCUUAAAGUGCUGAAGAGCGCAACCUGUCAAUGCCUUUCAACCUUCUUUUCAACUGCCUAAAAGUGUUUUAACUCGCUACUAAGCAAAAGAAAAAAAA